AUGUCCCUAAAGCACUUCGACGCCUGCGUCAUCGGAUCCGGCCAAUCCGGCACCCCUCUCGCCUCAGCCCUUGCCGGCUCAGGCCGCCGCACGUGUCUCAUCGAGCGCACCCAUGUUGGUGGCUGUUGUGUCAACGAGGGAUGUACGCCUACGAAGACUAUGGUCGCGAGUGGGCGGGUAGCGUACUGGGCUAGAAGAGCUGGGGAAGAACGAAAGAGAGAUAUUGUCAAGAGCUUCCGGGAAGGUGGGGAGAAGAGGCUUCAAGCUGCGGGUGUGGAGGUGUUGAUGGGGGAAGCAAGUUUCGUGGGUCCGAAAGAGCUGGUGGUGAAGAUGGAGGGAGGCGGGGAGAAGGUGAGCGCGGAUUUGAUAUUCAUCAAUACAGGAGAGAGACCCUCCAGGCCCAACCUGGACGGCCUAGAGAGCAUCGAUCCUGCUCGAGUGCUCGACUCCACCUCAAUCCAAGAGCUAGAAGAAGCACCUCAACAUCUUAUCGUCCUAGGCGGCGGCUACAUCGGCCUCGAAUUCGGCCAACUCUGGCGCCGCUUCGGCUCCAAAGUCACAAUCAUCCAACGCGGUCCCCAACUCCUUCCCCGAGAAGACCCAGAGAUCGCAUCCUGCAUCCUCUCCAUCCUGCAAGAAGACGGCAUCGACGUCCUCCUCAACACGUCCCCCAUCUCCAUCACCACGACGCCCUCCAACCCCAUCUCCCUAACCCUCAAACCCCCCACCGGCAACCCAUCCACAAUUUCAGGCACACACCUCCUCCUCGCCACCGGCCGCACCCCCAACACCACCUCCCUCAACCUCCCCCUCGCCGCCAUCCGCACCAGCCCGCGCGGCCACAUCAUCGUUUCGCCCACCCUCGAAACCUCCGCCCCGGGCACCUACGCCCUCGGUGACGUCCAUGGGCCCCCCGCCUUCACCCACGUCUCCUACGACGACUUCCGCAUCAUCCGCGACAACCUCCUCGCCACCCCUGAACCCUCCCCCUCAGCUCUCCACACCACCGCCGCCCGCGCCGCCACAAUCCCAUACGUCUGCUACACAGACCCGCAGGUCGCGCACGUGGGGCUGCAUCUCGCCGAAGCGCGCAAGCUCUCGCCACCAAGGAAGCUGAGGACGGCGAGUAUGCCGGGGACGUGGAUAGCGCGGGCACUGGAGACGGACGAGACGCGGGGGAUGCUGAAGGCGGUUGUGGACGGGGAGACAGGGAAGAUACUGGGGUUUUCGGCGGUAGGGCCUGAGGCGGGCGAGGUGAUGGCGGUGGUGCAGAUGGCGAUGGUGGGAGGGGUGGGGUGGGAGGGGUUGCGGGAGAUGGUGUUUGCGCAUCCGAGUUGGGCGGAGAGUUUGAAUAAUUUGUGGGGGGUGUUGAGGGAGGAUGAUGGGAAGUGA